UUCAUUUCCUUUGAAAAAAAGAAAUAAAAAGAAAAGGUUGUUGUCGAAUUCACUACCUUUUCUGGUUUUUACUUUUACCCUUUGAAGAUUUACAACUGUACAACCCCAACCCUUUUACCUCUCGAAUUUAUUCGGACCAAAAACACCUCUCGCUCCUUGUUCCCACCAUCAAAACUAAGCCCAUUUUAGUCUUUUCGUCAAAAUAGACCCCUCUGCUAUUCUUAAAAUAUCCUCUCUCUCUCUCUCUCUCUCUCUCUCUCUCUCUUUAAUGAAACCUAAAAAGGCUGAAACGCUCUCUUGGUGGUCUUUGGAGCCAUCGAACUAAAUUUCGGGCCGAGCCGAUCUUGACCGUCCUUUCCUCCAAUCUAACGGCUCCUACUAGUCGGCGUAGUUGUUAGUGGUUACCCAUUUCUCUUCCCCCUAGUGGUUUUUAUCAUAAACCCUAGCCGAGAGCGCCACCUCAGUCCCCUCUCUCUCUCUCUCUCCCACAAGAAGUUCGUGAACCCCCAUAACUCUCCGAUCUUUUUUUCUCUCUCGCGCGCGCUUAGAUCUUGUUCUCAGAUAUUUAUUUCUUUUAUCUUUUUGAUUUUCAAAUCUUUUUUUUUUUUUUCUGUAUUUAUUUCUUUUCUUAAUUUGACUUUGUCUCUCUCUCGUUGUUUCUGAAUCUGAGUUGAUCGCUAUGGUAUUGCUUUCUUUUUCUUUCUUUUUGUGCUUUUUUUAAAAAAAAUUUAUUGUAAGGUAUUUUUGUAUAACUAUUUGGCUCUGGAUCCGAGUCGGGUCGGUCCAAGUCUGGAACUCGUAGGAAAUGGCGAGUCUACAGGCGUUUCUGUUUCCGAGAAUUUCGUACACGUUUUCCUUGGGUUAUGAAAUCAGUGUUUGCUAAGAAGUCAGGCUCGGGUUUGGUUGUGGUUGGGGCUGAGUCGACUCGGAGGUUAACUCGGGGGCUCGGUGAGUUGAGGGGUAGAAGGAGUCGAUCGACGAGGCGUGCCGAGUUUUCGGUCGGAAACCGUCCGGCAAUGCCGUCGGUGGGGAUGAGGCGGACUACAAGGGUGUUCGGGGUGGUGAAGGGGGUAGACGGCGGCGCCAGGGUUCUCCGUUCAGGACGGCGACUGUGGCCGGAGUCUGGCGACGACUGGUUCAAGCUUGUGAGGAACCCUGGGAACGGCGACGGCCUCGGGUGCAAGAAGCCCGGCUGGGCUAACGGAGGCGGCAAAAGAGUCGUGUCAUUCCACGCAGGUGCAGAUGAUCGCAAAACAGAGGUUCCUACUCUGAGGAAAAAUACGAUGAAGGUGAGCGAUGGCGUGGACAAGUUGUUUGGGAUUGUGUAUAAAAGGAAGAGGAAGAGAAAUGUUGCUACAAGUGAUGGCGGGUUUUUCUCUGGGGAUUCGGAUAGAAUGUAUGGGAUUCGAUUUGCUCGGCGGCAGCGAAGGAAGGUUGAUGGUUGUGGGGGGUUGGUGGUGCCUCUGGCACGUCCGGUUCUUGUUGUUUGUGGUGGUGGCGAGGUUGUAGGAUGUUUUUUGUAUUCGGUUUUGAGUUACAUGAGGAAGGCCAAGCUGAGCCUGACUCAGCUUUCUGCAUUCUUGUGCUCGGGCCCAAUUGCUGGUGUUUACAACUCGUGCGGAAUUCAGUUUUUUCGGGACCCUCCUAUCAGUAGUGGCACUGGGAUCUGCAAUUUUUUUGGGGCCAAGCAGUAUAUACCCUUGUUUUCUGUGGAUUUUUCUGCAGUUCCUCUGUCUUUUAUGUACAUGCAUUACAGGAUGCUUCUGAGGUUUAAGUGUAGGCCAUUUGUUGUAAAUAAUUCGAUUGAUGGGGAUACAGAUGGUGAUAUGAUGACCGACAGUGAAGACGACGAGAGUGAAGAACACCGUGUAUGCAUUCCUUCUGAGAGAGAUCUGUCUGAAUGCAUUACCUCAGUCGUAGAUCCUUCUGAAUGCAAAAACAUGGUACAUGAAGUUCUUAGUACAGAGAACAGGGCACUCUUACACCCGUCUGUUAGAGCUUCGAAAUUAGCUGGUCGGACGCAAUACAGGAAUGCAUUAAAUUAUCGUGGUAUUCGGAAGAGAAGGAGUUCGCUGAGGAGAAGGAGAGCUAGAAAUCCUUCACUAGCCCCAGUCUCUGAUGCAGCCAGUAAUAGGAGAAAUGGCAUGCCUUUCUCUUCUGCGGUGACUAAUAGGAAGCUAAGGAGUUCAGUUCAGAUGAGCUCUUCAAAACAAAUCAAAGACGUCAGUUCUACCUUAUUCGCAUCAAGGCAGGACGUCGACUCAUCUUGCUGCUCUGCGAAUAUAUUGGUUAUUGAGGCAGACAAGUGUUACCGGGAAGAAGGUGCCAAUGUCAUUUUAGAAGUCUAUGCUUCAAGGGAGUGGCUUCUUGCAGUCAAGAAAGAUGGAUUAACAAGAUGUACCCUAAAGGCUGAAAAAAUUAUGAGGCCGUGUUCUUGCAACCGAUUCACCCAUGCAAUUAUGUGGAAUUUGGAUAAUGGUUGGAAGCUAGAGUUUCCAAAUCGACAGGACUGGCAACUUUUCAAGGAUCUUUACAAGGAAUGUUCAGAUCGAAAUAUGCUGGCUCCAGCUGUUAAGAACAUCCCGGUCCCUGGAGUUCUUGAAGUCUUAGACUAUUGGAAUGGCAAUACUACUCCCUUUCGUAGACCUGAUUCAUAUAUCUCUGUAAAAGAUGAUGAGGUGUCUAGAGCUAUGGCGAGGAGCACGGCAAGUUACGACAUGGAUUCUGAAGAUGAGAAGUGGCUACAGAAAUUCAAUAAGGAGAAUUUUACAGAGAAUGAGCUUCAUCAGCAUGUUUCUGAGAAUACUUUUGAGUUGAUGGUUGAUGCAUUUGAGAAGGCUUAUUAUUUUAGUCCAGAUGAUCUCCCUGAUGAGAAGGCAGCUGCUAAUCUUUGCCCAGAUAUGGGUAGGAGUGUAGUAGAAGCCGUGUAUAAUUAUUGGGUGAAGAAACGGAAGCAAAAACGAACAAUGCUGGUUAGGUUUUUCCAGGGUCAUCAAGCAAAGAGGCCUCCGGUGAUCCCCAAGCCAUUAUUACGGAAGAGGAGAUCAUUCAAACGACAGCCAAGCCAAUUUGGAAGAGGCAAACCACCAAGUGUCUUGCAAGCAAUUGCAGCUGAACAAGAUGCUUUUGAAGAAAAGAAUGCAAUGCUUAAAGUUGAAGAAGCUAAUGCCUCAGCAAAAAAUUGCAUGGACUUGGCCAUUCGCAAACGAAAAAGGGCUCAGUUUCUUGUGGAGAAUGCAGAUUUAGCAACUUACAGAGCCAUGAUGGCGAUUCGAAUUGCUGAAGCAGCCCGAGUUGGCGAAUCACCAGAUGCUACUAGCAGUUAUUUUCUUGACUGACGGGGUGUAGGUGUUCCUGAUGCUUAAACAAAAUGGCGGAUUUUUUUUUCUUUCUUCUUUUAAUUACAGGAAGGAUUGCAGCCCCAUGGCUGUUUUUGAAGUCGUCAGGAAGACUGCCCAUGAAAGAUUGUAACUUUGUAUAGGUUUUGAUUGGAUGUACAUUCUGUAUUGUCAUAUGUUCACACCAAAACAUGUAUAAGCAGGUUUAGUGGAUUUCCUUAGGGAGAAAAUGAAAAAAGAAAUACAGGAAGAAAAAAAAAAAACAUUAGAGCCUUGGGCCAUGCUGGAGAGUUCCUGUUCAAGAAUGUGCAUAAUUUAACUUAGAAUAAUGCUAAAAACCACAUUUAUAUUUCACAA